AUGGGGCGGAUUUUUCUAGACCACAUUGGAGGCACACGUCUCUUCUCCUGUGCCAACUGCGACACCAUCCUCACCAACCGCUCCGAGCUCAUCUCCACACGCUUCACAGGGGCCACGGGCAGGGCUUUCCUCUUCAACAAGGUCGUCAACCUGCAGUACAGCGAGGUGCAGGACCGCGUGAUGCUGACGGGGAGGCACAUGGUGCGCGACGUGAGCUGCAAGAACUGCAACAGCAAGCUGGGCUGGAUCUACGAGUUCGCCACCGAGGACAGCCAGCGCUACAAGGAGGGCCGCGUCAUCCUGGAGCGGGCGCUGGUGAGGGAGAGCGAGGGCUUCGAGGAGCACGUUCCCUCUGACGCUUCCUGAGACGUUUACUAACACACACACACACACACACACACACACACGCACACACACACAGGCACACAGGCACACACACGUAUACAUGUGGAAGUGCACAACAUAUCAGUGACAGCCUCCGAGCAAUACUCUGACAGCCUCCGAGACAUGCUGAGCUCCAAACAUAUUGAAUACUUAAAAAUAUCUAUAUUUUUGAUAACACUGUAUCCCUUGCCCCAACCAACACAAUUGUGUCAGAGCCACAUAAAUGCUCUAACAUGUGCACAACACACACACACACACACACACACACACACACACACUUUCCCUCCAAAUUUACAGAGUAUGUCAUCCACAAACAGACGACAACAGAUACCAGACAGACCCCAUGUCUCUUAAGAGUUAACAACAAAGCAGACAAGCAUCUUUUCAAUCUCUUUUCUCUCUGCGUGUGUACCGUAUGUGCUGUUGCUGGCGUGGGCAGAUGUUGUACUGUAGACCCUGUACUGGCUGUACUGAAUGUCCCUGCCUUGUGUCUCCCGCCCCAUGCAGCUGACCCAGCCCAACGCACAGAGAGGGACCUGAGCCACGCUCUGAAUGUUCUCAUAUCACGCAGCACUCGUGAAUGUAGCAUAAACAGCUCCAGUACCAGGUGGCAUGACAAAAGACCGUGGAACACCGCAAAACUUGAGUCAUCUUUCCCUAUCAUACUUAUGCACACACACUCAUACAUUGAUACUCAAACCAACAGAAUAUAGAAAAAAAAACCCAUAUUUGCGCUCAACACCAGCGAGAAUGGUUUUUCCUCCUCGCUCUGGUGAAUUUCUAGGUAGACAUAGGUGUGUGUGUGUGUGUGUGUGUGUGUGUGUGUGUGUGUGUGUGUGUGUGUGUGUUCUACUCGCAUCUGUAUUGCUGGCUUGAGAGGAUCCUACAAAGAGCUUUUUACAGUUUUUCCUUACAAAGACUCCUGGGUUUGCAUGUCCAGUUCUGCUCCACUCUGUACUGUAUGUAACUGUACCUCUCUCUCUGUGUGUGCGUGUGUGUGUGUGUGUGUGUGUGUGUGUGUGUGUGUGUGUGUGUGUGUGUGUGUGUGUGUGUGUGUGUGUGUGUGUGUGUGUGUGUGUGUGUCGUGUGUGUCGCGUGCGUGCGUGCGUGUGUGAGUGUGUGUUAGUGAGUGAGACUAAAUACUUUUUAGAAUGGGAAGUGUGUAUGCAAUGAAUCGUAUGUGUGAUGGCCAAGUGAUUCUCCAUGAUGUCAUUUGUAUGGAGGGUCUCAAUGAGGCUGUCAUUCCUUUCCCCAUUUCUCCCUUGCUUCUCCUUCCUUUCCUUCCUUCCUUUUUUCAUUUGUGUGAUAUAAGAGUGUUAUGUUAUAAGAUAGUUAUGAUAUAUUGUAUAAGUAUAAUUAUUUCUAUUGUUAUGGUUAUGAACAAUUUGGUCAGUACUGUACAUGGCCAUUUUCUGUUAAGUAUGGCUUUGAGUAAUAGUGCUGUUAACAAGUUCAUUUUUGAUGUCAGAUUUAAAGGGGAAAAACCCUAAAACUGCUUUUCCCCUCCUUAUUGUGCAAAUUUCUUCAGCAGUGUUGAUUUCGAAUAAAGACUGGUCUUGCAACGAUA